AUGGUGCUGCACCGGUUCAAUAGCGUCGGCGGUGGCAGCCACGCCCAAAAGCCCAGACUGACGCCCAGAAAGUCGGCGUCCUCCUUGACCUCCCCCUCCUCGACAUCGGUCAUGUCUGCACCAGGGUCGACGCCCGCGUCAACCGUGUCGCCAUUGCGGUCGUCACACCUCGUGGCCCUGCGGUACGAGGAGACUGUGCAGGCCAAGCCGCCUAUCAUGGUCACCCAGAGAAGAGGCGGCAGCGGCAGUGCAACCAGCAGCUCGCUGUAUCUGGCGCGCUCGCGGUCCACGCUGUCUACACGGUCCCUGGCCACGACGGCCACGACGGCCACGACGGCCACGGCCACCGCCGCGGCUGCGUCGUCGCCGUCCGUGCCGCCCCAGGCGCCGUCACUCUUGUCCUCGUCUGCCUCGUCUGCCUCGACGCCGUCCCCGUCGCCGUCGCCGUCUCCGUCCAAGUCCACGGCGCCACGGCACCCAUUGGUCAUUCUGCGCCCGCCGGGCCUGAUCGUGCCGCCCUCGGAGCAGCACCCGGCCCUCCGCACGCCGACGUUCCAUCCCAUUGUCGAAGAGGGCGGCGACGCCAGCGAGGAGAUGGCCGAGACAAACGCGGCCACGCCCACCCCCUACACCGUCAACAGCACGCUGCGGUCGCGAACGGCCGGCCCCGACAAGGGCCCAGACCUGUGCAAGCGUGACUCCAUCCUGGCAUCGUCAGCGGCUUCGACGGUCUCGACGUGGCCCGAAGAUGCGCAGGACAUGGAGGACGAGGCAGACGAGAGCGUGGACGCCAGCAGUGCCAACAGUGCCACCCAUGACACCAACGACACAAAUGAUGCCAGUGGCGCCAGAGAAGAGGCUCGCGACGCUCACAAAGGCCACGCCCAGCACGCCGAAGACGAAGACGAAGACGACAACAGCUAUUCGAGCUGCCUAUGCCGCAGCGCCAGCCGUCGUAGCAAGGUCGCGUCCGUCGUGUCGGCCGCGUGCCCUGCGCCUGUCCGCGAGGCGCCCCUGCCACCCACGGAAGCGACGCACGCCCCAACACACGACGACAUUGCGACCGGUGAUGCUGCUGGUGCUGCAGCGUCUCGUGUGGCCGGUGUCGAGCCAACCACGACCGCACACUCGGCCCGACCGUCUGUGGAUGUGCACCCAGGCACCGCAGCUGCAGCUCCAGCCGAACGCCAGUCGACAACAGCGUCUGUCACGCGCGACAAGAGCUGGCGAUUGCCCAGGAGCCCGUUCAGCUUCCGUGGCGGCCCGUUUCAGCGCAGCGGCAGGAAGAAGACCAAGCACAGCGCGAGCGAAGACGCCACGCCCGCCGUCCAGUACGAGGAUGGCCUCAUCCCCGUCGUGGACCCAGACACGACAGCCCACGAGAGUCUGGCCGAGAAGCAGUGUGAGGAUGCGCGUGGCACAGCGGACGCGCCUGCAAGCUCGAAUCAUAUUUUGCCCGCCUUCACCGCCCAAUCCCCCUUGCCUCCAGUGGGGCCAGCCCAGUGUUCAGCUGUGCCUUCUACCGCGUUUCCAGCGCUCCAGCACCCACAACAGCAUGCCAGGCUCACUAAGCCCAAUCCGGCCUCGCGGCCUGUGCUAGCUUGGCAGCCCCAGCAGCCCCAGCAGCCCCAGCAGCCCCAGCAGGGCUCCUCCAUCGCGCCUGCCUCCUUUCCCCUCGACACGACCGCCCCAUCGUCCCUGCCGCUUCCGUCCAUUUCGUCGUUUGCCUCGUUUCCCACGCCGUCCCUUCCGUACAUUAGUGCCAUUCAGUCUCCGUUUGCAUCAAACCAAAACAACAUCGACAGCACAACGCCAUUGUCACCGCCGCCUCCUCUGCCAACAGCCACCGCCCCGCCGCGCUUCCUCCUCCGCGUCUUGUCCAUGUCUGAUUCGCGCCAAAAGCGUCAGCACCAGCAGCACCAGCAGCACCAGCAGGACCAGGACCGUGACCAGGACGGCGACGCCAACGGCGCCAUCCCCAAAAGAGACAAGGACGCAAAGGACAAAACGGCCCCAAAAGCAAAAGGCACAAAGAAGGAGAGCAGGGCCACUGCCACUGGUCCCAACGACCAACCGCCGCGUCCAACCGCCUCGUCGAUGCCCCUCAUCAACACCGCCAUCCCCGACGAGCACCUGCUGGAGGAUGACGUUCUGCUGACCCUGACCUUUUCGAAACGCGGAAGCCUCAUGUUUGGCGGCAAACGCGCUUUUGCAUCGUCUGCCUCGUCUGCCUCGUUUGCCUCGUUUGCCUCGUUUGCCUCGUUUGCCUCGUCGGCUCCUCCUCCAUCCGCGCCGUCGCCCCUCGCGCUGCCGCCCAUGAACUUGCCGCCGCUGGCCCCCGCUGUCGAGCGCGAGUCUCUGCAAGUGCGCUCGCUCUACGCGUCGGGCCCGGGCGCGGACGUGGGCGCGGCUGCUGCCGAUGCUGCCGAUGCUGCCGAUGCUGCCGAUGCUGCCAAGGCUCCAGAGCUCGAGGGUGAUCGUGGCAAGACUGCUGCUGCUGCUACUGCUGCUGUGUAUGGACCUACCACUCCCUUGUCGCUGAUGCCAGCCACCACAAUGCCACUCCCACUCGUCGAGACGGGCGUCUGCUGA